UGCACUCGCUCUUUUGUACCGACAUAGUUUGGUUAUUUCUCCCGUGCUUUCCUCAAAUCUUCACCGCAAUCGAAAUAUAGCUGUCAAACCAGCAAGUAUCACGAAAUAAUACCGUGUUUGGUCUCACGCACCCCACAUAUGAGAUAGUGGUAUUACGAUUCUUGAAUUACUCCUAGCCCACUAUCACCGCAAUGCCACCAGAAUUCGCCAUCGACGAGUCAUCUCUUCCGUCCGUCUUCCAAGCCCAAUGGCAAUCCAACCCUGAUCCAACAGCGCUUCCCUUUCCACGUGACAACCCACCUUUCCCCCUCACCGCAGUCGACUGGCACCAGCUCUACCUUACGGACGCAGAAUUCACACCUCACUCAUGGUCCAACCUACACGAACUCAUCUCUGCAAAUCACCUCGAAGAGCUCAAACGCUGGCCCAGCUCCCUCAAAGCAUAUCUCGCGUGGACGGCGCACACCAAAGCAAAAUAUGGCACUAUAAUGGCAUACCUACUCGACCAACGUCUCCACUGGCAGCCCAUUGAAGAUGACACGGGCGCACUGCGCUUCAAUGUCGCCAACCCCGUCCCUUUUGCCGACACAGCAGAUUUCAAGAUCCUCCGAAACGACUGGACAUAUGCGUUUGAAGAUGGCAUCACGCAUAUCGUCGUGUGGCUCAAGCAGCGGCUCCCAGUUGACGAAGAGGGUGCGCUAAGUACCGAGGGCAAGGAAAUGGUGGAUGCGUUUGUGGAUAAGGAGUUUAGGGCCAAAGCGGGGGAGGAAGUAAAGGGCGAUAAGGUGAUUUGGUUUAAGAAUACGACGAAUUUGCAGAGUGUGAGGAGUUUGGAGCAUGUGCAUAUUUUGGUGAGGGGUGUGGAGGCGAGGGUGUUGGGGGGGUGGAUGAGGUGAGGAUGGGAAAGAUAGUGGGGGGUUGAGGGAGGGUUGGUGUGGUGGUAUCCGCGCAUUGCAUUGCGGUAUAGAGUUGGUCUCUAUGGGCUUGAAAUCUUUUGCGUUGAUUAGAGCAUUCCAGCUAUCAUCGCAUCUAUCCUAAAUCACUAUAUGCUAGUGGUUCUUUAUCUGCGUAAUGCUUUCAAUGCUUUCUGUAAAAUUCUUUCUUCGAAUAUCUUUACGGGCUUUGCUUUCGUUGAUUUUUGUCCAGACUUCUUUCGAGAUCCUUUUGGAUUAUCAUUCAGGAUAGCUUAAGAUAGUAACUAAAAUGUCUCUUCAAAC